AUGCGUCUCACCCCCCUCGUCAGCAUCAUGGCCCUCGCGGCCACCGCCAUCGCCGACGGCAAAGCCAUCACCGAUGCCAUGGCCAAGAUCAACACCCAGACCGCUGACCUAGGCACCACCGUCAAGAACUGGAAGGGCGACCUGCUCGGCGCGCUCCCCAUCACCGUCAAGUCCACCCAGCUCCUCAAGCAGAUCAAGUCGGCCGCCAAGGUCGCCGACAAGUCUGCCCCCCUAUCCUUCGACGAGGCCCUCGCCGUCGCAGGCGCAACCGGCGACCUCAGCAAGACGGUCCAGGCGACCCUGCAGACCAUCGUCGACACGAAGCCCAAGUUUGACAAGCUCAUCAUCCUGAGCCCCGUUGUGCUUCUGAACCUGGAGCUGGAGCAGGAUGCUACGGACGACUUUAGCGGCAAGGUUGUCAGCAAGGUUCCUGAGGCGUUGCAGGCGAUUGCGCAGGGGUUGAUUAAGCCUAUUGAUGAUGCGUUUGCUGCGGCCAUUGACAAGUAUCGCAUUUUUUAA